AUGAACAACCAUCAUGCCAGUCAAAAGCAAACGCAACAUACAGAUUAUGCUAUAGCAUCAGCACAUGGCGAUCAUCAUGGCGUGUAUCCACCUUAUUUUGAUGCCAUUGUAGCAGGUGGUAUAGGCGGUUCAGCAGCAGAUUGCUUGAUGCACAGUGUGGAUACUGUCAAAACAAGGCUACAGGGCCAGCCAUUGCAUCGAUCCACCAUCAAAUAUCACAACAUGGUUCAAGCAUACAAGCUGAUUUUCAAGGAGGAGGGUGUUUUCAGAGGACUGUAUGCGGGCGUGACACCUGCUAUGCUUGGCUCAAUUCCCGGUACUGCCCUGUACUUUGGUAUCUACGAAUUUACCAAACGUAAUCUGACAGCCAACAAUAUACCCGAAAUCGUUUCACAUUUGGCAGCAGGUUCAUUGGGCGAUUUAGCAGCUUCCAUUGUCUAUGUGCCUUCCGAAGUGCUCAAGACGAGAAUGCAGUUGCAAGGAAAAUACAACAAUCCCCAUUUUGUAAGUGGAUACAAUUACAAGGGAACAUGGCAUGCGGCAAGAACGAUUGUCAAAUACGAUGGACUGGAUGCCUUGUUUCAUGGAUUCAGAGCCACUAUUUUGCGUGAUGUGCCUUACUCUGCAUUGCAAUUUGCUUUUUAUGAGCAAUUCAAAAAGUUUGCCAAAAACAACUACGUCAAACCUGGAGAGCAAUUACCCGUUGGCAUGGAUUUACUGACAGGUUCACUGGCAGGAGGCAUUGCAGGCGCAGUAACAACACCAUUGGACGUGGUAAAGACGCUCUUACAGACACAGCCUACCGAAAAGGGCAAAAAGAAGGACAUCAUAGCAACUACAGCGACAACAACAACAGUCAAGCACUACAAUGGCAUUGUGGAUGGAUUAAUAUGGAACUACAGCAAUCAAGGACUGGCUGGUUUAUUUCGAGGUAUUGGGCCUCGUGUCUUUUGGACCAGUCUUCAAAGCGCCAUUAUGUUUGUCAUUUAUGAACAAGUGUUGCAUUUGGAAGAGGAUUUACGUAAAACAGAAGAUUGGCCACCAUCCAGAUUAGCCACUAGGAUGGCAUCUUUAUAG